AUGGCGCGCCCGUGCGAGGCGACGACGACGCCGCGACGGACGGGGACGACGCGGAAGACGUCCUCGGCGUACGUCACGCGGGAGACGGUGGUCGUGGACGACGCGCGCGACGGAGACACGGUGUCGAGGACGCUCGCGGUGAUGCUUCCGAAAACGUUUCCGACGGCGACGAGCGCGAAGCGGGCGUGCAGACGGAAGACGAUCGCGCGAAACGGUGAGAUCGUAGGAAGCGGCGAUCGCGUCGCGUCUGGGGACGUGCUCGAGGUGUUGACGCGAAACGUCCCGGGACGGGGGGCGCGCGGAGAGUUGGGGCUCGAAAAGGAACGAGGCGCGAGGAAGAUGGUGGUGCUGUACGAAGACGCGCACGCGGCGAUCGCGGUGAAACCGGACGAUUGCGCGACGAUCGGACCGGGGAGCGGUGGAGGGUGGAGCGCGGAGCGGAUGUUGGCGAUAUCGUGCGAGGUGAGCGCGGCGGAUUUUGGCGUGUUGACGAAACCGAAACCGUGUCAUCGUUUGGACGAGCCCACGGGUGGGAUUUUGGUGUGCGCGAAGACGAGGGAGGGGUUGACGACGCUCUCGAGCGCGUUCGCGAGUCGAGAGGUGAAGAAACGGUAUCGAGCGAUCUUGCGCGGUCGCUUGGAGAAGACGUCGGGCGUCGUCGACGCGCCCGUCUCGGGACGAGACGCGUCGACCGAGUACGCCGUCGUCCUCACGCGCGAGAGCGAACGAUACGGCACGUUGACGUUGGUAGAUUUUUUCCCGAGAACGGGUCGAACCCAUCAGCUCCGGCGUCACAGCGUCGCCCUCGGCGCGCCUAUUCUGGGCGACGUCAGGUACGGUCGAUUCGGUAAAGACGAGGCGCACCCGGAUGGUUUAUUCUUAUGGGCCGUCGGCGUCGUGAUUCCGGCGAAAUGGACGCCCUGGCGCGGUGAAGAAUGCGGCGAUCUAGUCGUAGAUACGGAUGAGGGUGAAAAGUUCGCUCGUGCGCUCGCGGAGUGCGAGUGCGUGUAG